CAGAAAACGAGCAUCGCUAUCGAGCAGUCCUCAGCGGCGCAAAACGAACUUUGCGGGAGAAAAGUGUCUUCUCAGGGCGGGGGAGCUGGCGGAGCAACGGGGGAUGAAGUUGUAGUAUCAAGUGGUAUAAUCGUGCUUGAUAACAGCCACGGCGAGCCGCCCGACGACCCCGUGGACGAUAAGGGGGAUAGUAGUAAGAAGAAGCCGAGGAAGCUUCUGAAGCGGCAUCGGAAAGUUAACGGAGGCAGCACCUGGGACCUGCACGAAAGGGACGAUUUGCUUGAUCUCGAUCAUUUGCCAUCUUCGCAAAAAGCCCUGCGAUUGGAUCUGGAACACAAAAAAACAGGCACAGUGAACAGGAUAAAAAGCGCGCAAAACAGAGUGAAUAGAUCUGCUCUUCGAGGAGAUCAGAAAGUAACUCUAUCCGAUGUCGACUUCAUCGAGGAACAACAUCACCAAGCGACCAGUGCGAAGAAGCAGAAGAAGCAGUUGCAGCGUUC